AUGGGAUUACUGAGCCGACUUCGCGGGCGUUCCAAGAGCCAGAGCCGUGCGGGGAACGCCGCCAGUUACGACCUCCGCAUGAACGGCGAUGUCCCUCCUUUGCCGUCCUGGUUGGGCGACCUCACCAAACAGCUGCCGGACCCGGUUCUUGCCCGGAUCUUCUCCUUCGUCUGCCCCCAUGCUGCCGACAAUUCCUACGAUACCUCCGAGGAGUCCAUGACCGAGGAUGGCUGCAUGCUCUGCGACAUGCGCGAUCUGGCGCACUGCGCGCUGGUUUCCCGCCGCUGGUACCCUAUCGCUCGGUCUCUACUUUACUCGCACGUACGCAUUGACGCCGUCCACUACUGCGAACUAGAAGAGAUCCUCGCCGCGAAGCGCAAGCGGCGCUCCCGCUUCGACCGCAAUGCGGUCCCCAUCGAUCCCCCACAAGUGCGCCUCUCCCUCUUCAUGCGCACCGUCCGUCUCUCGCGCGACCUUGGAAAUCAAGUCCUCUCCCUGCGCAUGCCCUACAUGAUGCGCGAAGCCAACAAGGCCGAGAUCGCGCGCACCAUCUCCGUACUCCCGAACCUGCGCUACGUCGACCUGCCCUCGGGCAUCUACACCGACGACCCAAACUGCCUAACCCUCAAACAAGAGCUCAUGGCCCGGUGCCCAGACUUGCGGCGCAUGACCUACCGCUCCGGCGCAGAGGGGUCCUUCGCACAGCUUCCCGACUCCCAGCUCUGGGGUAACCUCGAGAUCCUAGAACUCCAGAAUCUCCAGAUCGAGCCAUCGACACUCCGCCUCUCCCUCGCUUCAUUCCCAUACCUUAAAACCCUCACAAUCGACAAUACGCCCUACCUCGACGACUCCAUCUUCACCUCGGACCCAGGCCAGCUCCCGCCCUUUCCGCCCAUCCAACGCCUUACCCUCCGCAACACCCCAGCAAUCACAACAUCAGGCCUAACAUCAUUCCUCUCACACCCACUUCCUAGACAGAGCCUCCUCCACCUAACCCUCUCCUCAACGGGCAUAGCCCCCGCAACCUUACACCAAAUCCUCGCGCACGCACCCAGCCUGCAAGGCCUCGAAAUAACUCAAGAAGUAACCCGCUCUUUCCCACCCGAAAAAACACCCCCAUUAGCAUCAAACUCCCUCCGCCUUCUACACUACGAAAUAACCUCGCCACCAGGCACCUACGGUGUCCCACCCAAGGCAGCGAGCUACUACACUUACCUCAUCUCAACGCUCAUGUCCAAUUCCCUCCCCGCAUUGGCAGACCUGUACGUCCGCGACGCAGAUUUCCCAGAGGCGCUGCUUAUAGCCCCGCCUCCACGACUGUACGGGGGAGGCGAGUCCGGUCCGCAGUUCAUGGGUGGAGGCCUUGCAAGACCCUUGAAUGUAUACAGUAAAGGUCUCGAUGAGCUAGAGUGGAACUUCACUCCGUAUGAGCCGCUCGGCCCGUCAACCGGUGGGAGGAGGGAUAGCGUGACGAGGCCGGUGAGUUUGCACGGGGCGUCGCUUAGUCGGAGUUGGGGCGGGGAUGCGAGGAAGAGUGUGCUUGUGGGCAAUGGGUUCGGUGGGUUUCUGGCUGUGCCUGUUGAUGAUGGGAGGCCCAAGAGCAGUGGUGGGUUUAGGAGAGAUAGUCGGGGGGAUUUAUGGCGGUAG